AUGGUGAACUCGGGCAUACCUCUUAUGGACCAUCGUAUGACUCCUUUUGGUAGUUUGGAUGAAGAGAGUGUACAAAAAGAAGGUGAGGACCGCACAUCGGAGGUUGGUGGUGGAGACUCCGAUGAUAAUUUGCACGAUCCACUAAUCUCACGCUAG